AUGGCUGAUUGUUACACUGUCCUGAAUUGCGUGUCAACUUUAAUCCUCUUGUGGAUGCGGAUGUUACGAGCACACCAACCAGAAGAAGUGGAACUGUUCAAUUCAGAGAAACAUAGUAGUUUCAGUUGGAUGUCUGAGCCCCGCAGAGCAUGGAAUGAGAUCCAGCUGAGACAAGUUCCGGUUCUUCAAGCGUGCGGGAAGCAAAGAACAAGAACUAUUUUAAGUCAAUGGAUGGAGCGUAAAGAUGCUCGUCACCUUCUGAUGGACAUCACCUUUGCGCAGCAAGAGGAGCCAUCCGGUGAGAACAGCAGUCUGCAAGUUCAUUUGUUUGACUCGGAUGUACCCGCCACAAGAUUCCCACACAGCUGGACUAUACUAAACCUUCAGGUCUCCAGGCCGUUUCACGGCAAAGUCUCCCUCAGCCAAAUCAACAGUCAUCUGAAGCACAGCUCAGGGCUGAGCCUGGGUGCCGUUGGCCAUGUUGGUUUCCAGCUGGGUUUCUCUUACUCUGGAACAUGUGUGCUGGUCAUGUCCAUCAGGCUUUAUUACAGGAAAUGCCCCACGGUCCAGGCAGACCUAGUCUGGUUUGACAGCACUGUGGCUGGCUCAGAGCCCUGUGUAGGUUCUUGUGUGGAGGGAGCAGAGAUGCUUUCUGUGCCUGUGAGAGAAUGUGAUGUGCUUGGAGUAUGGGGUCCUUUGCAAGGGAUGUGCACUUGCAAAGCUGGACAUCAGGCACUGAAUGGAACCUGUCAAGCGUGCAGGAUGGGAUAUUAUAGAGCAGCCCAGGAGCAUGGCGAGUGCCAAGCGUGCCCACCAAACAGCAGAACACUCAAGGAGGGAUCAGAGAGGUGCGACUGUUUGAAGGGCUUCCACCGCCUUCCACAUGACACAGAUGACCUUGGCUGCACCAAGCCACCCUCUGCGCCCAGCAAUCUAACGGCACGUAUCCUUAACAACUCUGCGCUGACCUUAACGUGGGAUCCUCCUUAUGACUGGGGCGGCCGGCAGGAGGUGACAUAUCGGGUCAAAUGCGAGGAGAAGGAUGAGAGCAGACAUGGCCAGUGGGCGGCAUGCGGGGGCGAUGUGUUUUUUUCUGCCGACUCAGCUGGGGUGACCAGUACUUCCGUGACAGUCAUGGGACUCGACCCACGCAGUGACUACAGGCUGACUGUGUACGGCUGGAAUGACGUCUCCAACCUGGUGGGGCCGCCACCUUCAUCUGCUGCCUCUGUAACCAUUCAUAAAUUGGUUAUGACAGUGACACCGAUCCUACAACGCCCCAGGAAUGAAGGGACAGCUGCUCCACAGCACCAAAGUCAUUUCUACACAUGGCUGACUCUUGGUGGUUGUUUUGGCUGCAUGCUCUGCACUUUGAUUGCUGCUGUUGUCUUUGUUAAGUGUAGAAAUUACCGUAAAGUCAGGUCAGAGGUCCAGGAAAUGCAACUUUUGCCGGUCAACACUGGAACUUCCUAUAGACUCCCACAAGAGCCAGAGGCCACGCCCCCACAGGCUCAUGAUGAAGGCGGUGCGGUCCGGUUAUUGGAGGGACUGAGUGACAGGCUGAUAGCCAACCUGAGCGAUGUUCUUGUGGAGAGAAACACACUCAAAGUGGGAAAAAAUCUGGGCAAAGGAGAGUAUGGCUCCGUCUACGAGGGGAUCUUAUCUGCAGAGGACGUGUGUGUCAGGGUCGCUGUGAAGACAAUGAGAAUGGGGCUACACAGCCAAGAAGACUUGUGCGAGUUCCUGAGAGAGGCGGAGAUAAUGAAGAACUUUAAUCACAAAAACGUGGUCCGGCUUCUUGGAGUGACUUUACAGAGAGAGCAGGACUCCCCAGUCACCAUUCCCAUGGUCAUACUGCCCUACAUGAAACAUGGUGAUUUGCAGCGCUUCCUCACUGCGACGCGCUAUGGUGAUAUUCCAAUGUUUGUGCCCGUUCAGAGCCUCCUGCGCUUCAUGGUUGACAUUGCAGCUGGGAUGGACUACCUAAGCUCGCAGAAUUUUCUGCACCGAGAUUUGGCUGCACGUAACUGCAUGUUGGGUGAUGAUCUUGUGGUGCGUGUGGCCGAUUUUGGCCUGUCAAGGAAAAUCUACAGCAGCAAUUAUUACCGUGAACAAAAAUCCAUCCGUGUGCCUGUCAAGUGGUUGGCCAUAGAGAGCCUGUCUGACUCGGUCUACACCACCAAAACUGAUGUGUGGUCAUUUGGGGUGACAAUGUGGGAGAUUGCGUCUCUGGGCAAGACUCCCUACCCUGGCGUCCAAAACCAUGAGCUUCUGAACCUGCUUCUGUCUGGACACAGGCUCAAACCACCUGAUGGCUGUGACCACAGACUCUAUGACAUCAUGCAGAGCUGCUGGGACAUGGAGGAGUCAAGCAGACCUGGCUUCAAGGAACUGGUAGAGAAACUGAAGGCUCUUUUGUCGGAGCUCCUGAUCCUGGAGCCCUGCCAGGAAAUCAUCUACAUCAACCAGGGCUUGGAGGCUGCAGCUGCUGCCUCAGGGGACCAACAAACUCACUUUCAGGCUCGAGGGGAGAAUGUGUACCAAUCCAGUCCUGUGAAUGCAGCCUAUUUGAACUUGGAGACGGACUACCUGAAGCUUACUUCCAGCUAACUAACAUUUUGACAUUCACCUACAGUGCAUCUGGAAAAUAUCUACAGCACUUCACUUUUUCCACAUUUUGUUGUGUUACAGCCUUAUUCCAAAAUGAAAUAAAUUUAGUUUUCUCCUCAAACUUCUACACACACCACAACAUAAUGACUGGAUGAAUGAAAAAUGUUUUUUUUAUGUUUGC